AUGCAGGUUAUGGCUCGCUUAAAUGAAUCAUCAGCACCAACUGAACAUAUCGAGGCCCUGAAACGGCGAUUUGUGCGACAGAACCGUGAGAUCGCCCGGGUCAACUCCAUACAGUCUCUUCGCAUCCGCAGCCUCGAAUCUGAAAUCUCUCAUCUUCUUUCCGAAAACGUCUCGCUUAGGGAGCAGGUUAUAAGACUUAGUCAGGAUAUAGAGAGAUACGAGGCUGCCCGGUUGCUCCAGGAUGGGGUUUACGACAUCAAGACAAGACUAGACAACAAGUUGGCUGAGCUGAAUAAUUUAGUGGCUGACCUGGGCGCACUUCCGCGCAGACUCUGCAACAAAUCAACAGAAAAACCUCCAUCUGCAGAUCAUACCCGGUCAAUCUCAGAUUGGAGGCCCAAGUCCACCGAUGACGAGCUAAACGUCAGGCAAGAUGAAAAUGGGAGGCUUCCAGUUAUCCUGGAAGACAAAUGCUACCCCAGAAGGACCGAGUCUCAAGAUCUGCAGGACAUGGAGGUUAACGGUACUGAUAUCAUGCGUAUUCCCAACCUUGAGGGGCCCGUGGCCAUGCAGCCAGACGCGGAGGAUGACGGCCGCUCGUCUAAUAAUUCUCACGAUGCCGAGGACGAUCAGUCUCUGAGCUAUGAAGCACACAUAUCAACCGACGAUGAUGCAUUUUUGCCUCCCACACUUGAGACUAGGAAAAGGAAAAAGCACAAUCUCGCACAAAUGAAUGUAGAGUGCUCUAAUGCGGAUCCCGGGCCAUCCCCGGUACGAGACGACUCGGAAGCUAGAAUGAAUCCUGGGACCAAGCGCAAGUUUUCCGUACAUCACGGCGAUAGGCUAGAGUCGACACCGACUCACAACGACAAUCUACUCCCAAAUCUGCAGUCUCCCUCACCAGUGGGCAGGGCCGGGCAUUCACUAUCGCCUGGUAGUGAGGGUACUCCAUCAAGAGGAGAGAUCCAGCCAUCGAAGGAGGGGAAUAUAAACUACAGGCUUGCGAAAAGGAAAGCACUAGAGCAUACUGAUGAGGAGACAGGAAGCACCAAUAUUAGCAUACUCUUACCUGGAAAAGAAGAUGCUGCAGUUGCACAAGAGCCGACGGAUAAGGUCACUACACCACGAUUAACAGGCGAGAGGGGUGGCAAGGGCGGAUUAUCCCCGAUAUCACCCAAAGUGGAUAUAAUUAGUGCACAGUCAAGGCGGACAUCUAUAUCUGGACAGUGUCGACUCGACCAACCCACAGAUGACAAGGAACAUAACGGGCACACCAUUCAAGAAUCAAAGGUGCCAAAAAUAAAGCCCGGUACGCAAUCACCAUCGGGGCCAACAACCCGAAGCGAAUCAAGAACAUCAACUUUUGUGCCUUCUGAGCCAAUGAGGCCUGCGAGACGCCAAAGGGCCAUUGUAAGCUACACAGAACCGAACUUGCGAGACAAAAUGCGACGACCUACGAACGAGUUGAUAGCAGCAGUUGGUGACCGGCCAAGACGUAUAUCUGGUUCUCUUAAUGCACGAUCGGAUACAACCGAUGAUGAAAAUCUGGUCAAGAAUGAAAAGUGGAAUGAUCGAAAACCACGACAUUCGGAUUUCACAAGCAAAGAAUCCAAAUUACAGACGAUAGAAACGCCCACCAGUCUUUGUACACAGCAGAUGAAUGUUUCCGAGAGAAAACGCAAGACUUCUCCGGCAAGCGAAAUUGAUAUCACGGCAUCCCAAGGGAUUGCAACUGGGGCGCACCCUCAGUGGGUGGCUAAGGAAUGCAAUGACGAGGAACCAAAGGGUACAGAUGAUCAUACCGAGACGCAGCCGCCGUGGAAGAUGGGCAAUAAUACAAGGAAUCUUCCAGCUAAUGCGUGCAAAGAAAGACAAACUACAGGUCGGCAGCCUAGACGACAUUCCUCACACCCUGAGCAUUCCGGGGAAAACAGAAGUCAAGCAGCAGACCAAGACAUUAGGAGCAUAAAAAGCCAAGAUGCUUCUCCAUCAGAGGCCCGAGCAAAGAACCCAGCUCCCACAAAGACCCUUGAGGAAUUUGCGAUCCUGAACCCUCAGGCACUGAAAGCAACAGAAAGCACCCACAUACACUCGUCUGCUACGACUCUGACGGAUGCAAAACGAUCAAGGCGCGGGCAGCGUGCUGCAGCUGCAGCGGCUAGGAGGAAAAGCAUGAUGUUGUGA